UCCGCAACCAUGUCCGGCGCCGAUUCCAAAGUGCUCAAGUCCGAGCCCCUCAACCCCACCGAGGCGCGCUGGACGCGCCUGGUCAAGACGACGUACACGGACCCGAACGGCGUGACGCGGGACUGGGAGUCGGCGGAGCGGCAGACGCGGCCGGUGGGCUCCGCCAUCGACGGCGUCGGCAUCGUGGCCAUCCUGCAGGAGAAGGGCAAGCCGCCCGCCCUGCUGCUGCAGAAGCAGUUCCGCCCACCGGUCCACAAGGUCUGCAUUGAGGUGCCCGCGGGCCUGAUCGAUGCGGGUGAGAGUCCCGAGGUCUGCGCCCUGCGCGAGCUAAAGGAGGAGACGGGCUAUGUUGGCGAAAUAGUGCGUGAGGGCUUUGGCGUCAGUCCCGUCAUGUGGAAUGACCCCGGCUUCUGCAACACAAACCUUAACAUGGUGCAUGUCACGGUCGACCUUUCGCGGCCUGAGAACCAGGACCUCAAGCCUGAGCUCGAGGAUAACGAAUUCAUCGAAUGCUUCUCGAUUCCGCUGACAAACUUGUACGCCGAGUGCCGCAAGCUGGAGCAGGAGGGAUACGCCAUUGACGCACGCGUUGGGACGCUGGCCGAGGGAAUCGAGAUUGCUAGGCGGUGGAAGCUAUAUUGAUCACUAGAUAAGACGAGCAGUGAAACCAUAGACUUCAUAAUGGAUUAUGAUGGUGAGCAUGG